AUGGUACUUUAUUUCGUAGGAAGAUACGAUUUCGGAGCUGGUGGAACGGAUAUGCAGGAAUUCCUUGACAUCGAAAAAUUCCUCAAAACGGCCCAAGAAGAAGAUCUCUUCGUUAUCCUACGCCCUGGCCCUUACAUCUGCUCAGAAUACGAACACGGAGGCUUGCCAAGCUGGUUAAUGAGGGAAAAGGGAAUCAGAGUGCGCACCUCUGACGAAAAAUUCAUGAUGCACGUCCGCAGAUACUUCACCACCCUUCUAACCUUGUUGACUGCUUUCCAGUUCACCAGAGGAGGUCCAAUAAUAGCCGUGCAAGUAGAGAACGAGUAUGGCAACACUGAGAAUCCAAAAGGAAAUCCACCAUUCGUACCAGAUACUGUGUAUUUAGAGGAACUGAGGCAACUGAUAAUGACUAAUAACAUAACAGAGCUACUAUUCACUUCAGAUAACCCUAUCAAACGUGAGAGUAGAGGAUCCCUUCCCAGUUUGUUCCAGACAGCAAACUUGAACGCGGAACCAGAAUUGAAGUUUGACAAACUGAAGGAGUUGCAGCAUAACAAACCCUCCAUGGCAACGGAAUUCUGGACGGGUUGGUUCAACUCAUGGUCCGAAAAACAUUAUGUAGGCAAUGUUGGGCGCUUCAACAGUACCUUCGAGAGGAUCCUGAAAUACCCUGCAUCUGUGAAUCUGUACAUGUUCCAUGGAGGCACUAACUGGGGCUUCACAAAUGGAGCCUCUAUCGGCUCUCACGGCCAACCUUCUUAUCAGUCUGACCUCACUAGCUACGACUACGAAGCACCUCUAUCAGAAAGUGGGGGUUAUACCCAGAAGUAUCAGUUGGUUAAAGAUCUCUUGGAAAUGUAUAACCCUAUCAAGACCAAAGUACCUGAUAUGCCAGUCUCAAUAGGACCUAUAGCAUAUCCAACUCUGAAACUCAAGUACUCCCUUGACUAUAAAGAUAUCGUUGCCCAAGCACCGCAAACUGUGAACAGUGAGAAUCUUGUGGCUAUGGAAAAUCUACCAAUCAAUGGUAACACAGGUCAGAAGUUUGGCUACAUCAUCUAUCGUAAAGAAUCCAUCACCAUCAACAAGGGAACGACACUCACAAUCAAAGGAUAUGUCUAUGACACUGUGAAUGUAUACGUUAAUAAUAAACUGAUCACUAAGAACGUCGUGGAUCUAGAUGGGUUUGGUUACUGGAGGCUCAAAGAUGGAAACAUCUCUUUGAGUUUGGACAAGAAACUUGAAAAUGCAACUAUCGAUUUGGUGGUUUGCAAUAUGGGUAGGAACAACAACGGUAUGGUGAAUCCCAUUGAACGGCUCAAAGGGCUAUGGCAAGGCGUUUUGUUAGAUGGGGAAGAGGUAUUAGACUGGAAGAUAAUGCCGCUGGAGUUCACUAGAACAUGGAAUAAUAAUCUAGUAGGUUGGCGCGAAUCGAAUAGCUCGAAGAGUACUUCAGUUGGAGCGAGAUUGAACAAAUUCGAAUUGGUCCUUGAACAGAAAUUCGAUACGUUUAUCGAUAUGAGCAAAUGGAAUAAGGGGAUUGUGAUUGUGAAUGGCUUCGUUUUGGGACGUUAUUGGAGAGUUGGCUCGCAGCAGAGCUUAUAUCUUCCAGCUCCUUUUCUCAAUAUAGGAAAUAAUGAGAUUACUGUAUUUGAAGAAUUUUCCUCAAAGACUGAAUUAGCUUUUUCUAAUGAUCCCAUUUACUUCAACAAUAUGACAAAUCCAUUUUAA